AUGCUGGGCAUGUAUGUGCCCGACAGGUUUGCGCUCAAGUCUUCCCAAGUUCAGGACGGGAUGGGGCUUUACACGGCCCGAAGAGUGCGAAAGGGUGAAAAGUUUGGCCCAUUUGCUGGAGAGAAGAAAAUGCUUCAGGAUUUGGAUGAAAAUAUGGACUACAGGUUGAUGUGGGAGGUGCGUGGAAGUAAGGGCCAAGUCCUCUACGUUUUGGAUGCCAGCAACCCACGCUUCUCUAACUGGUUGCGCUUUGUUCAUGAGGCACCCACCCCAGAGCAGAAGAACCUGGCCGCCAUUCAGGAAGGAGAAAACAUCUUCUACUUAGCGGUGGAAGAUAUAGAGACAGACACGGAGCUUUUGAUUGGCUACCUGGACAGUGACAUGGAAGAGGAUGAGGAGGAAGAGGAAGAGGCGGAGGAAACAGCUGUAAAUAAAGAGACUCAUGGGAAACGUACCAAAAAAACACCACCAGCUCACGUGAAAGAUUCUCCAAACUGUAAAAAGGACCAUGCCUGUCCCCACUGUGAAUCCAGCUUUGCCAGCCAGGAGAUCCUGGCUGAGCACCUGCAGAUGCUCCAUCAAAAGCCAAGUGAGGAGAAGGAAUUCAAAUGCAAGAACUGUGGGAAGAAAUUCCCAGUGAAGCAAGCUUUACAGAGACACAUCCUUCACUGCGUGGAGAAGAGCUCCCCUGGGGAUUCCCUGAAGACUUUCCGCUGUUCUGUGUGCAAUACAUCCCUGAGCUCAGAAUCGAGUUUGGAGCAACACAGAGAGGUGUGCCGAGGGGAUCCCCAAUUCAUCUGCAAGACUGAGGGCUGUGGAAAGAGAUUCAGAAGUAAAGAUGCACUGAAAAAACACAAGGAAAACAUUCAUGCUGGGAACUCCAGGAAGAAGCUCAUGUGUACAGUGUGCAGUAAGAAGUGUUCUUCAUCGUCAACUCUUCAGGAACACCGGAAGGUCCAUGAGAUCUUUGAAUGUCAAGAAUGUAACAAGAAAUUUAUUACUCCCAAUCAGCUAAAGCGUCACAUGAUUACCCAUUCAGAAAAACGUCCCUACAACUGUGAGGUUUGUAAUAAGUCCUUCAAACGAAUCGAUCAGGUGGCCGCACACAAAAUCAUACACAGUGAAGAUAAACCUUACAAAUGCAAGCUUUGUGGCAAGGGAUUUGCCCACAGAAAUGUUUACAAGAACCACAAAAAGACCCACUCUGAGGAGAGGCCCUUCCAGUGUGAGGAAUGCAAAGCUUUGUUCCGGACCCCCUUCUCUUUGCAGAGACACCUGCUAAUACAUAACAGUGAACGAACUUUCAAGUGUGAUCAGUGUGAUGCUACCUUUAAAAGGAAAGAUACCUUAAAUGUUCACAUCCAGGUGGUCCAUGAUGGACACAAAAAAUACAAAUGUGAUCUGUGUGACAAGGCGUUUGUAACACCUUCUGUGCUUAAAAGUCACAAAAAAACACACACAGGAGAAAAGGAGAAGAUAUGCCCAUAUUGUGGACAGAAAUUUGCAAGCAAUGGGACGUUACGAGUACACAUUAGAAGUCAUACAGGUGAGCGCCCAUACCAGUGUCAUUACUGUGAUAAAGCUUUUAGCAAAAAUGAUGGAUUGAAGAUGCAUAUCCGGACCCACACUAGGGAGAAGCCCUACCAAUGCUCUCAGUGCAACAAAGCCUUCAGUCAGAAACGAGGCCUGGAUGAGCACAUGAGGACACACACCGGUGAGAAGCCAUUCCAGUGCGAUGUUUGCGACUUGUCCUUCAGCCUGAAGAAAAUGUUGAUCCGCCAUAAACUGACUCACAACCCCAAUCGUCCUAUGGCUGAAUGCCCCUUCUGCCACAAGAAGUUCACACGGAAUGACUACCUCAAAGUCCACAUGGAGAAUGUCCAUGGAGAGGCCGAUAGCUGACCAGGCAAUGAGAGGUCGGGGAAGAUAUGGCCCUCCUUUCUUAUAACAGUCAAUUAAAUAUUUGCAGGGACUACACUUUGUCAGAAAAAAAAGGCAUGUUGGAAAGCAUCUGUUGUGUGAAAACUAAAUGUAUCCGUAAUUUGAACAGUGGAGAUGCACAUGAUGAGGUGAAAGUCUUCCACAGGUCACACAGUCAAGAGAGAAAAAUGUCAUUUGAAGUGACCCAGUGACAAGAACAUUGACUCAGGAAUUAGGACUCCUGGGCUCAAAGCCCACUUCUGAUGCUUACUGACUGUGACCUUGAACAAGACACUUAACU